AUGUGGGAUACAUUAAUUUCAUUCACGUAUCCUGUAUUCUUCCUUCAAAGAUUCAAAUCUGACAAGAAACAACAAACAGAAAGCACUCCAUCAGUUGAUUCUAAACUUCAACAUUCGAAACCUUCUGAAAGUAGCAUUCGAAAGAUUUUACUGAAUGAAAAGUGGAAUAAUCUCUUUCUGAAAUUCUCAGAAAAAUGUUUUGCAUGUGAAGAUGUCAUGAUGUGGAAUGCCAUUGAGAAAUUCAAAACAAUCAAAUCAGAAAAACAAAGAAGAGAAUUAUUUUACAAUAUUUGUAAUACUUAUAUUCGAAUUGGAGCUCCUCUUGAAUUGAACAUUUCAAGAAAGGAUUUUGGAAUUCCAGAAAUUGAGAAAAUCUUCAAAUCCCUAAAAGACAGUACCAUUAAUUUUGCUUCUAAAAAUGGAAAUGUUUCACCUUCUCCAAAAUUGAAUAUUUCUCCAAAGCAAACUUCCACAAAUCCACAAGAUAUGAGUUUCCUCUUUGCCAUCACUCCUGAAAUAUUUGAUAGAAUUCAAACAGCUUGUGAACACAACAUGUUGGAUAAUUAUACUCGUUUCCAAGCAUCAUAUGAGAAACAAUUGGAAAAGGAGCUAAGCAUUUUACCCAAAAUGAAGGUCUAG